CAGAGGCAGAGGCAGAGGCAGAGACAGACAGAGACAGACAGAGACAGACAGAGGCAGAGGCAGAGACAGAGGCAGACAGUUUGCAGUGAGCUCAGGGCUAUCUCUUGCAGCAAUGUUUCACAGACUGACUCUCCUCGUUGUUGUGCUGUCCAUCCAGCUCGGUACAUGGACAGCAGCUGACGAACUGGCCUCGCUCAUGGAGGAGAAGAACACCUCGCUGACAUCUCGGAGGAUGAGACUGGCUGCACAGAAUUCAGCUGAUAUAAUCCGGUGCCUGAAUAAUGCACUCCAUGUGGGCUGUGGUGCAUUUGCCUGUCUGGAGAAUUCAACCUGUGACACUGAUGGGAUGUACGAUAUCUGUAGGUCCUUCCUGUUCAACGCUGCCAAGUUUGACACUCAGGGAAAAGCCUUCGUCAAGGACAGUUUGAAGUGCAUUGUUAACAGCAUCACUUCUAAGGCCUUCUUCACCAUUCGAAGAUGCUCUACCUUCCAGAAGAUGAUUGCAGAUACUCAGGAGGAGUGUUAUAAGAAGCUGGACAUCUGUACAAUGGCAAAACACAACACUGCAGCAAUAACAGAGGUCAUUCAGCUCCCGGAGUAUUUCAGGAACAGAUAUUACAACAAACUGCUGAAGACACUGCUGGAGUGUGAUGAGAGAACCGUCAGCAUAAUCAGGGAGAAAGUGAUGGCCAGCCUGGGAUCGCACUUGUCCGGUUUCAUUAACCUGCUGCAGAGUGACCACUGCUUGUCCUCAAUGCCACAGAGCGCCGCCCGCAACAGACGCUCCACCACUGAACCCCAGAAACUGCAUUUCUUCCUCCGAAAUUCCAGGGCAACCAGCCGCCUGGCUUCCAAGCUCUCAUUGAGUGAGAACGAAUGA